AUCACUGCUUCUCUGUAGUCUUAAUCCAUGUACAUUAUUAUUGCUCUGUCUUGCAUCAUUUACAUAUCUUUCUUUAUAAAAUGGAAGGAUUAAAUAUUGGAGAGUUUUACCAGGUGUGGUGGAACUUUGACUAGAGAUCGUGUUGCAUCUGCUAAGCUGUACAAAAUGAACAGGAAAGGAACCCCAUUGUCUAAGCAACAAUCAACACCCAACUUUGGAAGGGAAAUGCCGCGUCAGUUCACGAAGAUCUCUCUCCAAGAGGUGGAUGAGAAAGUCCGACUCAUGGCUGAGAAAGUGUACGCUUCAGCUCUGAAGGAAGAAGAGUCUAAGAACAGCUUGUCCAUGUUCACCGUCCCUGAGGACUGUCCCAUUGGCUUACACCAGGCCAAGGAGUGGGAGCUACGCAAAGAGAUGGAGGAGCAGAUGUCAGAGAAAUCUGUCAAGAGGAAACAAAGUUUCAAGCUGAUACGAUCCCAAUCAAUUUCCUUGCAAAUCCCCGCCGCUCAAGAUUGGGCUAUGUCUGUGAUUUCACCCCUGCUGACCCCUUCCACAGCCACAGGCCUUAUGCCAGACAAUAUCCCAGAAUUCCAGAGGGUCACCAUCAGUGGAGACUACUGUGCAGGGAUAACAGUUGAAGACUACGAACAGGCAGCAAAAACUCUGCUGACAGCACUCUUCAUCAGAGAAAAAUAUUCCCGGCUGGCAUAUCACCACUUCCCCAGGACCACAGCCAGUUUUCUAAGGAGUGCCAAUAAUGAGAAAUGGAGUGAGGAGGACGAAGUGCUGCCAGAUAUCUGCCCCCCUUCAAGUGAGGGUGAGGAUCCCUACAGUAUGGAAGACCUCCCACAGGAUCUGAACUACUCCCUGAGGAUGAAAGAUGGAAUCAUAUAUGUCUAUGAUAAUGAGGAUGCUUUAAAACAGGAUCAGCCACGGAGCUUGCCAUAUCCUGACUUGGAAACUUUUGCUAUUGACUUGAGCCACGUCCUUGCCAUGAUUGCAGACGGACCAACGAAGACCUAUUGUCACAGAAGGCUUAACUUCCUGUUGUCCAAGUUCCAACUACAUGAAAUGCUGAACGAGAUGGCAGAGUUAAAGGAACUGAAAGGCGUUCCUCACAGAGACUUCUACAAUGUCAGAAAGGUUGAUACGCACAUUCACGCAGCUGCCUGCAUGAACCAGAAGCAUCUUCUGAAGUUCAUCCAGGACACCUAUAAGACAGAAGCAGAGCGAGUGGUGGUGGAGAAGAACGGAAAGAAGCUCACCCUCAAACAGGUGUUUGACAAUCUGAAAAUGGACCCUUACGAUCUCACAGUGGACUCAUUAGAUGUACACGCGGGCAGACAAACCUUUCAUCGCUUUGAUAAAUUCAAUUCCAAAUACAACCCAGUGGGUGCUAGUGAGCUCCGAGAGAUCUACCUCAAAAGUGAUAACUACAUCAAUGGAGAAUAUUUUGCACGUCUCAUCAAGGAAGUUGCUCAGAACCUGGAGGAGAGUAAAUAUCAGCAUGCAGAACCCCGUCUCUCAAUUUACGGCCGAGCCCCUGAAGAGUGGGACAGCCUGUCCAAAUGGUUUAUCAAGCAAAAGUUGUACUCCCCUAACAUGAAAUGGAUCAUACAGGUGCCCAGGAUUUAUGACAUUUUCAGAUCAAAGAAGAUUGUUCCCAACUUCGCCAAGAUGCUGGAGAACAUCUUCCUCCCACUGUUCCAGGCCACCAUCAACCCUCAGAAGCACAAAGAAACACAUGUCUUCCUGAAACACGUGACAGGCUUUGACAGUGUGGAUGAUGAGUCCAAACAUAGUGAUCACUUAUUCACCUAUAAGAGUCCAAAACCGGAAGAGUGGACCAUGGAGGAAAACCCACCAUACACUUACUACCUCUUCCACAUGUAUGCCAACAUCAUGGUCCUCAACAACCUACGCAAGGAACGUGGUCUCAAUACCUUCCAGUUCCGUCCUCACUGUGGCGAGGCAGGAUCCAUCACCCAUCUGGUGUCAGCCUUCCUCACGGCUGACAACAUCUCUCACGGACUCAACCUGAAGAAGAGUCCUGUGCUGCAGUACCUGUAUUACUUGGCCCAGGUGCCGAUUGCCAUGUCUCCACUCAGCAACAAUAGCCUGUUCCUGGAGUAUUCCAAGAAUCCCCUCAGGGAGUUCCUGCAGAAGGGCCUGUGUGUGUCCCUCUCCACGGAUGACCCAUUACAGUUCCACUACACAAAGGAGGCCUUGAUGGAGGAGUACGCCAUAGCAGCACAACUGUGGAAACUGAGCACAUGCGAUGUGUGCGAGAUCGCCAGAAAUAGUGUGCUUCAGGGCGGUCUGUCUCAUCAGGAGAAGAAACACUUCCUGGGUGAGAAUUAUCUACAGGAUGGACCAGAGGGUAAUGACAUCCGUAUGACAAAUGUGGCGCAAAUCCGUAUGGCCUAUCGUCACGAGACCUUGUGCAAUGAGCUCAGCUUCCUAGUGGAUGCCGUCAAGUCAGAAGCGUUGGCCGCACAAGCCCCGUAAACAUGGCAGGGUGACCGAUAGAGUCCAUAUGAGUGGACCAGACAUCAGCAUAAAACUUUAUCUUGCUAUAAGUGAUGCACAAAAGAGCCAUGGAUAUACAUCAUUCAGGUAGCAAGAUGUGGAGUCAUGUGACUUAAUGCCUUAUAUGAUGGGCAUAUCCCUUCCCAUAGUGCCUUGUAUGUAAUGGAUAUAUUUCAUAUCUCAAAUGUCAAAUAUCCUUUUAAAAAAUGGGACGUUCUUAACUGUUUCAGUAUUUUGCAUGGUGUCUGAAAAUGGGAGGGGCAUACAUUUGUUACCUUUUCUUAACAAGGGAGUCUUCGGGUGAACAAUGUAUUCUUUUGUUCAAAUAAA